GUGGAGCUGUGCCCGGGUCUCAGCGCCGGGCGCCGCGACCUGAGAAAGAACCUGGGGAGAGGCCGGAAGCACUCGGAAGUCAGGUGCUCCCCGGGCCGCGCGAGUGAUUGGCUUGGAAGCACAAGAAUGAUGCCGCUGUGAUUGCCGAAUCGUCUGGGCAGGGUUUGGAGCCUCUGGUAAGCUCCUGUGACCCGUGCAUCCCUUUGGAGAGGAAGAGGAGGGAGAGGCCUGCUUUCUCUGGAAUCCAGUGGUCACAUCCCCACCUGAAUGCCCACCUCAGGUGUCGUCAACAUGGAGUUCUGAAGUCCCUGUGGUUCCUCACAGUGAACCAGGUCUUAAGGAAAAUGCAGAGACGCCACAGCAGCAACACGGAUAACGUUCCACCUGAAAGAAAUCGCAGUCAAGCGCUCAGCUCUGAGGCGAGUGUGGACGAAGGCGGAGUCUUUGAGAGUCUGAAGGCAGAAGCGGCCUCCCCGCCAGCGCUCUUCUCCGGCUUAUCGGGCCUCCCGACAGGCAGCCUCCCCGCCACCCCUUUCCCGUCCAGCCUGGUGUUGGGGGCCGCGGCGGGCGGCGGGGACGUGUUCCUCCAGAUGCCCACAUCCAGGGAGGAAGGCGGGGGCCGCGGCGAGGGGGGCGCCUACCACCACCGCCAGCCCCACCACCACUUCCACCAUGGCGGCCACCGCGGGGGCUCCCUGCUGCAGCACGUGGGCGGGGACCACCGCGCGCACUCCGACGAGGCAGGUGACGAGCAGCCCGGGACGCCUGCCCCGGCCCUGUCCGAGCUGAAGGCCGUGAUCUGCUGGCUCCAGAAAGGGCUGCCCUUCAUCCUCAUCCUCCUGGCCAAAGUGUGCUUCCAGCAUAAGCUUGGCAUUGCUGUGUGCAUCGGGAUGGCCAGCACCUUUGCCUAUGCCAACUCCACGCUCCGGGAACAGGUCUCUCUAAAGGAGAAGAGGUCGGUGCUGGUCAUUUUGUGGAUCUUAGCCUUUCUGGCGGGAAACACCCUGUAUGUGCUCUACACGUUCAGUUCCCAGCAGCUGUAUAACAGCCUCAUAUUCCUGAAGCCCAACCUGGAGACGCUGGACUUCUUUGACCUGCUGUGGAUCGUGGGCAUCGCAGACUUUGUGCUCAAGUACAUCACCAUCGCCCUCAAGUGCCUUGUCGUGGCCCUGCCCAAGAUCAUCCUGGCUGUCAAGUCCAAGGGAAAGUUCUAUCUGGUCAUCGAGGAGUUGAGCCAGCUGUUCCGCUCACUCGUUCCCAUCCAGCUGUGGUAUAAAUACAUCAUGGGUGACGAUGCCUCCAACAGCUACUUCCUCGGAGGGGUCCUGAUCGUCCUCUACAGCCUCUGCAAGUCUUUCGACAUUUGUGGCCGCGUGGGUGGAGUUAGGAAAGCCCUGAAGCUUCUCUGCACCUCUCAGAAUUAUGGCGUCCGGGCCACUGGGCAGCAGUGCACAGAAGCUGGUGAUAUCUGUGCUAUCUGCCAGGCUGAGUUCCGAGAGCCUCUGAUCCUUAUGUGCCAGCACGUGUUCUGUGAGGAGUGCCUCUGCCUCUGGCUGGACCGGGAGCGCACCUGCCCGCUCUGCCGCUCGGUUGCCGUGGAUACCCUGCGCUGCUGGAAGGACGGGGCCACUUCGGCACACUUCCAGGUGUACUAGGGCUGAAGACUGCAGCAUUGCUGCUCCCAGGCACACCGGGGAGAUGACGGAGGGUCAGCGGUGUUGGGUCCAACUCCGGGGGCUUCCUGGGGAAAAGUCCUCAAGCACUGACUGUCCUCCUUCCUGCCUCUCUCCAUCUCUUCCUCUAAAGCCAGGCCCCUGUCGCCUUCCCCACCUUCACCUUCCUCUCUUGUUCUGAUCGUGGUGUGUGCAUCCUACCCCUACACACGGGGACGCCUUCUCACUCAGACUUGGUCUCCACCUACGUAGGCCUCCCACUUCCCUCCAAGUCAAGGAACUGGUAAUGGACCAAGUCCCACCUGUUGAUUAUUUUAACUCGUGGUGACCUAAUACCUGAUGCUGCAAACUAGAGAGAGGCCUGGAGAUACUGUCUCCCCCUAAAUGGCCCAAGUCCGCAGAUGAGAAUCACGGUGAAGUAUUUUCCAAAUACAAAUGCUGGGCCCCACCUUAUCCCUACAGGAACUACGUGUACCAAACACUUAGUGUGAGCCAGGCACAGCCUUGAGCCUCCUGCCCGGAUGACCUCCUGUAAUCCUCACAAGAGCCCUAUGGCGGAGGUACUGUUGUUUCCUUCGUUUCACAGAUGAGGAAAGUGAGGCAUAGAGCUCCAUGUGGAAACUUUCCCAGGGUCACCCAGUGAGCAAUGUUGGACCAAGUUUCCAACCCGGGCCUGUCUGGCUUCGGAGCCUGACUUAACCACAUGCUGACCCACUGCUCAGACACUUCAGGUGUGGGGCCUCCCAGACAUGUUUCUUUAAAAGCAUAAGAGGUGAUUCUGACGCCCUUCAGUGGCUCAGGUGCAUAGCACGUUCGAUUUGGACUGCAUUGAGAAUGCUAAUAGUGAACACUAGCUCCUGAAAUCUAGUCGUGGUUGGGUCCAUGGAAAAACUUGGUCCUUAAAAUUGCUGUUUAGCUGGACUCUGGCGGGGAUGCUCAGUCGUGAUUGGCUAUCAGGAAAGGCCAGCUCUGGUGCAGAUGCAGAUGUCAUGGGGUGUCCACUUCCAUCUUUACUUCUCUCCUCCUCCUUUUGUCCUGUCCCUCACUUAAGACUCAGGCUUGUCAACAGCUCCUGUGGCCAUUGCCUUCUCCCCUG